GAUUUCCCUGCUUAUAGUAAUUUAUCAGGCUUAAGCACAAAAGGUUACGAAGGUUGUCCGAUUUGUUGCACUAACACAUCGGCUCGUCGCUUGGCAAAUGGACACAAGAUGUGUUAUAUGGGUCACAGACGGUACUUGCCUGCAAAUCAUCCUGAUAGACGGAAGAAGAAAGCAUUCGAUGGUACUGAAGAGGGUGAUAUGGCUCCUUUGCCACUGUCUGGGGAACAAAUUCUCCAACAAGUUCAACUUGUAGAUUUUAAGUAUGGAAAGACGCAAAAAAAUAAAAAAACUAAUGGUUGUUUUCAAAGAAAGUCAAUCUUCUUUCGUCUUCCAUAUUGGAAAAGUCUACUAGUUCGACAUUGUUUGGAUGUCAUGCAUAUUGAAAAAAAUGUGUGUGAGAGUAUUAUUGGUACCUUACUUGAUAUUCCCGGCAAAACUAAGGACGGUCUAAAUAGUCGUUUAGAUCUCGUUGAAAUGGGUAUACGACAAUCUCUGGCACCUGAGAAGAAAGGUGAACGUUUAUAUUUGCCUCCUGCUUGUUUCACUUUAUCCAAAAAAGAGAAACAAACAGUUUGCAAAUCACUUGCAAAUAUGAAAGUACCCGAUGGUUACUCGUCUAACAUCAAAAACUUGGUGAAUGAGACUGAAUUGAAACUAAUGGGUCUGAAAUCACAUGAUUGUCAUGCGUUAAUGCAACAUCUACUUCCAAUUGCCAUUAGAUCAGUCUUGCCAAAAAAUGUUCGAGAGUGUUUGACACAUGUUUGCAUUUUCUUUAAUAGGCUGUGCGGGAAGGAAUUAGAAUUGGAUAAGUUAGAUGCAUUACAUGAACAUGUAGUCAAAACAUUGUGCAACCUGGAAAAGUUUUUUCCGCCAUCUUUUUUCGACAUCAUGAUCCAUUUAAUGGUUGGCUUAUAAAAAUUGGAAAAAGCUACGCGAAGCUCGUAUCCACUCUGGGAGUCAGAUGUCGGCAGACAAUAGGGUUGGCUUAUAAAAAUUGGAAAGAAGUCAACCAGACUCUGAAAAAUAAAGUUUGGAAAGACAUUCAGGUAAGCUAUUAUUUGUUAGAAUUUUGAUUUGUUUUUCUAUUACUCCAAAUGUUGACUCUAACCGUGUUUGUUUUCCUUCAAAAUAGACGGGGUUCAUUGUGUCGGACACCUUCAAACAUGAUUGUCUCAUCCUAGCUGGGAAGUUAAUGAAAGACUUCAAGAAUAGGAUGACAAAAGACAUCAUAAUGCCCGCGUUGAAAGAGAAUGAUCUGGGACGACUGGCACAAGUCCCUGAAAAGCACCCGGAGAUCGACGCUGCUGAUUGGUGCAAAUUUGUUGAAAGUAGACUAACUCCUGAAUUUCUGGAAUUGAGUAAGGUGCAACGUGAACGUUCCUCAAAAAUUCAAUCCAGACAUCGAAGUGGUCGGAGUGGAAUGGUGAACGUACGGGAAGCUGUG